CUGCACUCUAUCAUUCUACCAUCACCCCACUGCCCAGAUAGUAUUUAGAAACUGCAGCCAGCUUUCUGAUUCCUAUGUAUCUAGAAGGUGAUCUCAAGGCUCGUCACUCAUUGUGACUGAGAGAAGACCAGAAGCUCCCAAGUGGAAACUUAUAGUGUAUUCUAGCGAGAGUCUCUGCACAACCACUGCAUACAUACGUUAGUAUUGUGUCACGAAGCGGUAGUACACGAACUGUGCAGCCAUUAAGUUAUAAGCCCUCUCCGUGAGCUCUGGUGGCAUUAGGGUCUCGAGGUCCCUCUCUUUCAGGACGUUUGUGUGCCUGUCUGUAUUCUCUCCCUCUGCGCCCGCUCGUGUGGAUGUCCGAACCAACAUCAGGCUCACAUACCUGGAUGUGCACUGUUGCUGCAGCAGCGCUUGUGCGGAGCUUACGUGCAAGUCGACUCGCAUGUGUGUCUGCUGCUUGCUUCACCUGAAACGCUCAAUUGGUCCAGGCUCUAUUGUCGACAGCAUUCGUCUGACGGGAUAGCGCAUGCUUGUGGUGGCGUCGAUUUGCGGCUUCCGAGUCGUGCUACUGCACCGUUCGAGAAGUUGCUUGGGUGUCCGGAUGCAUUUAUCACAUGUGGCAACGUUUCGGAGGAAUCUAGUGUGCUGAGGGGGUUGGUAUCCUCAGCGACAGUAACUUGAGCUAUCGCAACCGCCGCUCGAGGGAUGCGCGUGCCUGAGUAACAUGUUUGCAGAAGACCGCUAGAUUUGGAACUGAACCGCGCAAUUAAGAAACUGGAAUCAGGGCUCUCACCGUUUCGCACAGCUACGAAGCGAGUCUUGGCUGAAGAACCAGAUAAAUCGAGCUUACUCUGGCGCGAACUUGAAGUGGCAGACGGCGUAAUUCGUCGACACUGAAAGCAGAAUCCUAACGGACUUGGAGCUCGAGUGAUAGGAAAGCGCCUUUAGCUUGAGCUCUGCUAACGCAGGCUGCUGUAAUUCGGGUUUGAUUUAAUCUGUCCAGGUCGAAGGAAUACCUGGAAGUUCACUACACUUACAGUAUUCAUGGCGUCACAUGAUAUGCUUGGUGGUACGCUUCUUGCGAAGCGCAAACGGAGAGAGAUCUUACCUGAUAGCUGUCCGAUAACGAGAGCAAGUGCCCAUUGUCUUGAGUUUUCUGUUGGCUCUUUCCUGUCAGAUGAGAAUCCCGCAAUUCAAUCACUUUUAGAAACGGACUGCAAACGGCGGUGGUCCAGUGACCAAUUCGGCAGUGGAAAUCUGAGCGAGCUGAACCCUAGCUCCUUUCUCGCUGGUUACGGCGAAUCAGAGGCUGAAGUUUCACCAGUUCCGCAUUUCUCAGAAGAUUGCAGUUCAUUACACGGAAGUAGUGCACUCGUGAAGGACUUGGAUGGCAUUGCGGCAGUUGUUGGCCAGACCGUCUUGUUCGGGAACAAGCAAACAUCCGAAUAUAACCAACAUCACUGUUCCUUUCUCUCCACAUCGGCAGUGGAGGACGAUUACAGCUGUUGGAAUGCGUCGACCGAUUUACAAGAUCUCAACCAGCAUGCGUCACUUGCGACUGAGAUUUCAACAAUUCAGGACUGGAGCUUUGAUCUGACGUCGCCAGCCGUCUCAUACCCAGAGGUCUUCACUGCAGAGGGUCUAAGAUCAGCUCUCGACAAUUUCUGGCCUACACCUGACAAUAUUCUGGCCAAUCCUCCUGCGGAGAUCAAGUCGAAGUUUCAGCCAGACAUACGCGGUUGUUUCGAUGAUUACAGGCAUCCUGUAGUUGCUCCGACAAGGCGGGCUGUUACUGAUGUGACCAAAGUUAGUGCUGCGAAGGCUUCGGCGGCGACAAUUACUGGUCGAGCUUACAGAGGUGUGAGGAAGCGGCCAUGGGGUCGAUGGUCUGCUGAGAUUCGUGACCGCAUCGGCAGAUGUCGGCACUGGUUGGGAACAUUUGACACUGCUGAAGAUGCUGCACGGGCCUAUGACAGUGCCGCAAGAGCUCUUCGAGGUGCCAAGGCAAAAACCAACUUUGCUCCUCCACCGUGCAGUGAUGAACUGAAAGGUAGGGUCGGAAAUACUACCUGCAACCAGUUGCCUAGGUCGAAUUCGCAACCCACUUCUCGCGGUCCAACAGUGCGGAGAAGCAACUCUACACUGCAACGGCGAUCAGAUGGUAAUCGUUCGACUUCUAUCACGAAGAUCCCGAAAGGAUCCAGAUCGUCCAGCGCGAAAAGUGCCACCCGUAUCAGUAACGAAGCCCGGGCAACUGAAUUCAUGACCCAUCCUCCGAAGAAAGGCGUACCGUUGCAGAGCGCGAUGUCGAGCCAACUUUCAUCUCAUGCAAACGUUGGCAGGGACUGCACCGGCAUGAGUGCGGCGAGAUCACUGGAACUUGACCUCAAGCUCGGCUUUGGAUUUAGCCCAAAGUCGAGCUCCAGCCUCGAGAGCACACAGGAAUCGACUGCAACCUACCAAUCACCGGAGUGUUCGUUUCCAUCUGUGUCAGAGUUGUACUCGACCUCACCUUUUUCUCCAGGUUCUCCGAGUCCAUUGUCGCCAUUUUCUUGGCGAUAAUCCGUCGAUGCAGCGAGCACCCCAUCUUCUUUUUGAGAAUGUACCAUACUAUUGCAAUAGUAUCAUUUAAUGAUGGUAGUAGACUAAUUUGCUCCAGCAGCUUCUGAAGGAUCUGGAGGUAGAUGGAUCAAUAAUCAUUAUCAUUUCAUUGAUAUUCGCGGCGUCGGCUCAAGUUACUGGGGCUUGCACCUUCAGCAUAUUUAUAUUCACACGGUGAUCGUCGGUGACAAUCUCCAACAUGAAGAGAAUUACUCGCACCUAGUUAUACUCACAACGUGUGGGUGUGUGGGCUCCAACUAUUGCAGUAGACAGAGCCUUGUAAUAGUCGACUGUGCACCCUUGAUCAAACUCAAAUGAAGUUUCAAUUGUUUCAUAAGUAAAGAUAUCGCCAUCCAUGUACAUAAGGAUGCGUAAUUUAGCCCUA